AUGGCGGCCAAUUAUCACAAUCAACAGAACCAGUUCAUUCGUCAUAAACCGGUUCACAAUUCUCGUCAUGAUUCAACAGCUCAAAUGGUUAGUAAUUCAUUAAAUUUAAUCAAUGAUUAUGAAUAUGAUCCAAGUACUAAUAUUCAUUACUGCACCAACAGAAAUAGUCCUCAAGAUGAUAUUCAAGCACCACCACCUCCAAUUAAUAUUCAAUCUAUCGAUUCACCUGCAAGAUCCAUCAGACGAUUACAUUCUGAUGACCAUGAUGAAGAUUUUACAACGGUCACGUACAAGAAGAAAAAAAAAAUAAUAAUAAUAACAAUUUGA